AUGGAUACGGACACAUUAGAGUUUGAUAAACUUGUGGGUCUUCUUAAAGCUGAAGAAAUGGAGGCCUCUGAUGAUCAAAAGGUCACCCAAAAGAGCAUUGCAUUUGCCGCGUCUGGAGAGGUUGACAGGAUUAACCAAGUCGAAGAAAAUCUGAGUCUACUGGCUAAGAACUUCAACAAGAUGCUGAAACGGGUUGAGAAAGGUCAGAACAGGUUCAACAAGACGCAGAGAUCUGACACAGAUAGAGGUACUUACAGACCGUCACGAUCUGAUGGAGAUCACUCGGGAAACUUCAAAAAACGUGAUGUUCAAUGUCAUGAGUGUGAAGGUUUUGGUCACUUCAAGAGUGAUUGCCCUCUUACUAAGAGGAAGAAGCUGAAAUGCAUUGAGUGCAAAGGAUAUGGACAUACCAGAAAUGAAUGUCCAAAUAACUUCAAAUCCAAGGAUAAAUCACUCAUUGUAUUCGAGGAUUCUGAUUCAGACGAUGAGGAAGAGGAAGGUGAGAAUCUGAUGCUAAACUUUGUUGCGUUCACUGUUGGUGAGACUGACUGUAGCGAACGUAAACCGGGAGAUUCAGACUCUGACUCGGACGGUGAGGACAUUGACCUUAAAGUGGAGUACAGAAAUCUUUACGACAACUGGGUGAAACUGAGCUCUGAAAACCUACAACUCCUUAAAGACAAAGCCCUGAUGAAGGCCCAACUGAACAUCCUUGAGAUGGAACGUACUUCCUCUGAAGAAAACCAGACUGUGACAGCUCAGGUCAGCCAAGGCGAAGUAACUACAGAUACAGAUGAGCUCAGGAAGGAACUAAACAUAGAAAGAGAAAAAAGAAGAGUAUUGGAAGAAAGGUUGGAAAAUCUGAAGGAAGUGUGCCACAGUGAAAAAGAGAAGGCUAGAGACCUCCAAAGCCAACUUGUAGAAAAUCACAAAAAAAUCCGAAUGUUGAAUACUGGAUCUGAAAAUCUCGACCAAAUCUUGUCAUCUGGACAGCCUCCCAAAAAGAAUUGGGGACUGGGAUACACUGGUGGUUUUCAAGUUGAACAACCCUCAUCAUCAUCCAAAGGCUUGUCUGGGUUUGUGUUUGGUGGUACCUCCAGCGGUGAAUUGACUACUACCAGUGUCAAAAGAUGUGAAGUAACAGAGGUCAAUAGUAAGAAAGACGAGAACACUCAGCGACCUCGGUUGGAAGAGAGAUCUGUGACUCGAGCACUAGUCCAAAGGAAAACUCGACACAGACGCUACUUCUGUCACAAAACUGGUCAUAAGCAGAGAAAUUGCUUUAAGAGGAAAAACAUGAUAAAGAAAGCCUGGAGUAAUCGGAUAUGCUAUCCAGAACCAAAGUACUAUGGAAUGGUUUGGAUCUGCAAACAAGCAUUGUACACGGGAAUAGCAGAAGACUAUCACGGUAUCUGUGAAACCCAGGAAGAAAGGUGCGAUGCGGUUUGCAACUUUGCUCGAAUCAGUGUUACUGAAUCAGAAACGGUCAGCAAUGUGGCAUACACGUCAACAGAUGGAGAAGUCUCCAGGGCGUGGUAUUUUGACAGUGGAUGCUCGAGACACAUGACCGGAAAUCAAGAGUGGUUCGACGAACUCAACACUGUGAAAGGAGGACAAGUCACAUUUGGAAAUGGUGGUCAAGGAAGAAUUCUUGGCGUUGGAGCGCUCACUCGAGAGGAUCAACCUAAACUUGUGAAUGUCUUUUAUGUUCAUGGGUUAAAGGCAAACCUCAUAAGUGUCAGUCAGCUGUGUGAUGAAGGACUGGAGAUCAUCUUCACUCGAGUGGAUUGUAAAGCCAUUGAUGAAAAGGGAAACACUGUGAUGUAUGGGAUCAAGUCUGGUAAUAACUGCUACAUGUGGAGUGUAACUGAUCAGUGUCUCUCGGCAAGACAAUCUCAGUUGGACCUAUGGCAUAAGCGGCUUGGACACAUGAAUGUAAACGGCCUAACAAAACUUGUAAAGGCUGAAGUGGUAAGAGGAAUUCCCCCACUUGAAUCAGAAACUCAGACUUUGUGUGGUGCGUGUCAGAAAGGAAAGCAAGUUAAGGUGCAGCACAAGGCUUUAAGUGAAACUCGAACAUCAAGAAUUCUUAAACUGAUGCAUAUGGACCUAAUGGGACCAAUCUCAACUGAAAACAUUAAUGGAGAAAGGUACAUCUUUGUGAUGGUGGAUGAUUUCUCCAGAUACACAUUGGUAAGCUUUCUGAGAGAAAAGUCGGAAGCUGCAUCAUGCUUCAAAAUUCUUGCUCUUCAGUUGAAAAACGAGAAAGGGGGCAUAGUUCAGAUUAGAAGCGAUCAUGGUGGAGAGUUUCAAAGUGAGGUCUUCGAACAGUUUUGUCACAGCCAAGGCAUUAGACAUCAGUUCUCUGCCCCUCGGACACCUCAACAAAACGGAGUGGUUGAGCGGAAAAAUCGUACUCUGCAAGAAAUGGCCAGAGCUAUGCUUCAUGGGAACAAUGUGUCACCUCGGUUCUAG